CUAAGGAAAAGACAUUCGCGAGAGCAGAGGUCAUAACGAGAGGCGGCCAUGAGCGUCAGAGCCGCUUCCGUCACCACUGAGUGGCCGGCGGUGCUGGUCGGUGCCAACCCGCACUAUGCGAGCGUGCUCGUCGAGGGUGCCGACAGCGGCCGCCAGGACAACUGGAGCAGCGCCCAGCAGGACCCAUGGGCGACGAACGACACGACCAGCAUGCAAGCCAAUCUGAGUCAGUCUUGGCACGAGAACCUACCGGUCGUGAUCACCGUCUCCCUGCUCCUCUGCCUGGUGAUCAUAGCCACCGUGAUCGGCAACAUCUUCGUCAUCGCGGCCAUCAUCUGGGAGCGCAACCUGCGUACCGUCAGCAACUAUCUCGUGCUCUCGUUGGCCGUUGCCGACUUGAUGGUGGCCUGCCUGGUGAUGCCACUGGGCGCCGUUUACGAGGUGACUCGCGAGUGGAGAAUGCCGCCCGAGCUGUGCGACGUGUGGACGUGCUGCGACGUGCUGUGCUGCACCGCGUCCAUCCUGCACCUGCUCGCGAUCGCCGUGGACCGAUACUGGGCGGUGACCAUCGUGGACUACAUGCGGCAGCGGGACGUCCGAAAGGUGGGCAUCAUGAUCUUCCUGGUGUGGAGCGUGGCCUUCGUAGUGUCCAUAGCGCCGAUCUUCGGCUGGAAGGACAAGGACUCGCGCAGCCGCGUCCUGCACGAGAAGAAGUGCCUGGUGAGUCAGGACGCCGCGUACCAGGUGUUCGCCACGUGCUCCAGCUUCUACGUACCGCUCAUCAUGAUCCUCCUGCUCUACUGGCGCAUCUUCAAAGUGGCCCGCCAGCGGAUUCGACACAAGCCCGGAGCCAAGGCCGUGCUCAUCGUUCACAAGGAGCCGUCUACGUCGUCCGCCGUGGCUUCGAACGAGAACACGCCGCAGCACAAUGCGACCAUCGCCAGCUCGCCCGUGCACAACAGCAGUUCUCAGUCGUCGCCCAGCAACGGCAUGAACAAAGCCAUGCACGGCGGCAUCGGCCGCCUCCUCGUGCUCACGAAGCGCGAGAAGAAGCACGUCGAGGAGUCGAUCGAGUCUCGGCGUGAGCGCAAGGCAGCCAAGACGGUGGCCAUCAUCACCGGCGUGUUCGUCAUGUGCUGGCUGCCUUUCUUCGUCAUGGCGCUGGUCAUGCCACUGUGCGAGACGUGCGACCCCGGAAAGCUGGUGUUCAGUUUCUUUCUGUGGCUGGGCUACGCGAACUCGAUGAUAAACCCGAUAAUAUACACCAUCUUCAGUCCCGACUUUCGAAACGCCUUCAAUAGAAUACUUUGCGGCAAGAAGCCGCCCAUGAGAUGACAGGAAUGAGCUUCCUGAUACGCAGCAGUCACACUGCUUUCUUUUUUUUUUAUUCGUCUGCGGGCCACAUAUUGUGACCGCUAUAUAAGAAAAAAAAUUACCACGACAUUUUCGCUGUCACUCCUGUGAAAGAUAUUUUUAUAUUGUCCCGUUAGUAGAGAGUUUAAAUGACACUGCACAUUUCCUUUCGCUUCUAAGCUUGUUAUUAUCACACAGCUUCAGUUAGCGAAGCCUGAGAUGUAUUUCAUGUGCACGUCGUAUAGCUUCUUGACGUGAGCAAUUGUAAGAAAUUACGACUACCCCCCUAACGAGACAAAAUUGUUACCGCCUGCUUUAGUGUGUGCGGCUUUAGCCCGUGGGGCACUGGCGAAAGCCACAGACACUCCAUGUUGAAGGUAGUUUUGACUUGCCGUUGAUAAAUCGGUGUUUCGUGUAACAAACCUUCAGCCCAAAAUCCGGUUUCAAAUAUUAGCAAGUUCAAUUUAGUGUCGCUGGUCAAUAGCUUAACGGUUGCUUAGCUUCACUGAGACAUUUUCUGAGUACUAUCUAUUCCGAAGUUAUAAUUAUUUUUUUCAGUAAUUGUGUCAAACUUGGUGCCAAAACACAGAAAGGUGCCCCCAGCUGGCAAUUCUCCGCGCUUUGCUGGAGGUUCCUACAGCGCGUGGGGCUCUGCGCUGUUCGUUGGCCUCUGGCAAUGCGCCUUUCCCAUUCGCUCAAGCGUAGCGUAUAUCUCGAAGCACAUUUUAUCCUUUGGCACCUAAGCAUUAAACUUUACUGUCACUCCUCCCCUUGCACUGUCGGCUGUUAAAGAUAAUUUCGUGAGCGUGUUUGUUCAUUCGGAGAUUGUAUUUUCCGAAAUGUUAGAGACUGUUCUCCACAAACUUGUCAACAAGCGCACAUGGGCAAGCUUACAAGGGAAAGUGACGAACUCGUUCAGGGGCUGCUUCAACUUUUCCUACGGACUAUGCGAGCGGCGCAAAGUUACGUGGUUUACCACGUGAUGGCCCUUCGCCCCAAUCUUGUCACCGAACACGGUCAAACUUCCAGAGAAGUGUCCCAGCUCAUCAUCAAUGUACAGUGUAUUUAUUCAUUGUGAUAUUAUUGGAUGUCUUGCGUUUGAGUGAGAGAAAAAUUAUGUGUACGUCUUGGCAUGCCUAUUAUGCCCGUCUCCGUGUAUCAGAUGUACUUUCAGUGAUUCGCAUGUUGCUGUGAACAAUGCCACUGAUUAACCGUAUCUCUACCGAGCAUCUGUUUUUUCGUGUUAUUGUGGUUAUGAACGCGCUUAUUGUAUUCACACUUCUAAAGGUACUAAUGUGAUACAUUGCCUAAUCGCACACCGCUUUUUCCGUGUGGCCUCAAGUCCCGUGUCCUCCUUGAUGCAUGCCUCUGCCCUUUCUUCGUGUACUAAGCCCACGCGUAGCAGGGAGAUAAGCACGUCAUUUCUGGUAGAGAGAAUUUUUUUACGGAUGUUAAUAACCAGUUUACACUACUACGUUCGUUAUAAGCACACUCGGAAUGUGUUUGUUUCAGAAGAAAUUAUCGCGCAACCUAAUUUUGCAUUGUACGCUUUCGGUUGAGUUUGGUUUCUUUGUUACAACAGUGCUAGGACGACUGGUAGAAACACGCUGGUGUCGACGAGACCCACAACGCGCACUAAGCCAUAAAUAAGGAAAGAGUAAAGGUAAAUUUAGACAUGUGCAACUUUUGAGUCUGGUGUUGCUUACAGAGUUGCGGCAGGCAAGAAAGGCAGCAAUGUGGUUCUUCCUCGUUGAGCGAAAAAUGUGGACCUCAUAUUCAUUCGAUUAUGAAGACCAAACUGUUCGCAUAAAACCCAAGAAUUCUCUGCAACAGCACUGUUCUAUUCAGCGCUGCUUCAAGCACCUUGAGCUUUAGUACGAGGACGUAUUGAAACGAGAGUACUCGCUCAAUAAUAAAAAAAAAACACUGACAAUAAGGUACAGUUCUCGGCGAUUCAAACGCGAUACUCGGAGCGCGGGGCUGUUGGCGGUGAGGAUGACGGUGAGGUCGAGAGUAUUCGUAACGCAUGAAUACUAUAUGCAGCAAACAGUCCUUGAUUCUGUCGUUCCCGGUGAAUCCGGCGGAGCACUGCAAUCCUUGGUAACGCGCGCCCGCCAGCUCCAGCGGUUUCGUGCGGCGCCGCACAGCGGAGUGCUUUGAAGCCAUGUC